AUGAUCAACUCUUGUAUUGGAUUAAAUGAUUUACCUGAUGAAAUUCUUAUGAUUAUUUUCAAAAAACUCAAUAAUAUUGAUAUACUUUAUUCUUUCUACGGUGCCAAUCAGCGACUAAAUAAAAUUAUUCACGAUCCAACUUUUACAAGUUGUUUGACUUUUGUCGAAUGGUCAUUAGAUAAUUUUAUUGAUUUAUUAUCUUGUAAAACGAUACUUAAUCAAUUUUGUUUUCGAAUUUUACCUGAAAUUCAUAAUAAAAUCAAAUGGCUUGGUCUUGAAUCAUCAUCUAUGAAACAUGUUUUACGUGCUGCUCAUUAUCCGAAUUUAGAUAGUCUUGGCCUUUAUAAUAUUGAUGAAGAAUCAAUUCGAUGUCUUUUUACUGAUGAAACUCUUUCAUCUGGUAUUUUCAAAAAUCAAAUUACAACACUUGUAAUUACAAUAAAUAGAAAUGAUGAUUAUUUCGAAAUGCUAUCAUCGGUGGUUAAUAUAUAUGAUUACAUCUUCAGUGUUUUUACCCAUCUGAUUGUUGUCGCGUUAUAUGAAUCAUCAUAUAAAGAUUGUGUUCGAUUAUGUUUUAACGAUUCAUUACAUCCUAAUAUUCGUUCUUCAACUCUUUUGAAAUUGAAUAUCAAAGUACAAUGUUUUAAUGAUUGUCUUUAUCUUCUUGAUGGUCGUUUUAAUCAACUUCAUACAUUCUAUGUUGAUUUGGUUCGUAUUCGUAUUCCACAGGAAGUGGAAAAUCAAGGCGAUUUACCAAAUCUAAAGUGUUUUUCUUUGUCUUCUAAUUAUGAAAUAUAUGAUUAUGAUGAAUUAGUUCUACCACUUCUCAAUCGAAUGUCAAAUCUAGAACAACUUGGUUUGUAUCUUCUUGUUUAUGUCAAUGAAACAUUUAUUGAUGGAAACCAUUUGAAAAAAAAGAUUAUUAAUGGUAUGCCAAGAUUAAAUCAAUUCACAUUUUAUAUUCGGUCAUCUAUGUAUACUGGGAAGGCAAAAGAAAGUCAAUGUCAUAUAUAUUCAUAUCCACCUCUAAUGGAAUAUUACGGUGAUAUUACAAAUGAUUUUCCAGGUGGAUUAUUCGAAUAUGUUCGUGUAGUGUCAUUAAAUGAUGAACAUCCUUUUGAACAUGAAUUUUUUCUUCGAAUUCAGAAAUCAUUUCCAUUUAUGGAACAAUUAACUGUGAUUAAUCAUAAACCACAAAACAGAAAACAAUCUUAUGAAUCAAAUAUUGAUAAUCAAAACUUAUCUGUUAUUGAAUAUUUUUUUCUCAAUACACUUGAUAUUAUCAAUACCCAUGAUGAUUAUAUAGAAGAAUUUCUAUUUGAUACUAAAACGUAUUUUCAAAAUAAUGUUUAUCUUCAAAUCCAUUAUGAAUCUUUAAAACGAGUAACACACAAUUUUACAAGAGAUGCUACACGAGUUAAUAGUACCAAAAUCAAUAAAUUAUAUGUAUAUGGUGGAUCAAAAUGUUCGAAUUCUUUACAAGAAUAUUUUCCUUAUGCGAAAAUAUUUCAUUGA